AAAAAAAACACUCUCUUCUAACAACUCUCCAUUUUCCAUUUUCAAAGAAUCUUUGAAAAAGAAAGGAAAGAAAUCUGCAUUUCCAAUUCUCCCAAGGCCAAUGGCGUCAAUUUCUCUGUUCCGGCACCGAUCGCCAACUGCCUUCAGUAACCUCCUCCGCUUCAUCUCCCCCUAUCACAAUCGCAGCCACUUCUCUGUCAUCGCUUCCAAACACCAAAAUCCCAACAACGUCUCCAGAAAACCCCAACCGGACAAGAAUAUCCUCCGUACCAAACACUUCUUCAAGUACUCCUCCCUAGCUCCGGUUCUCUCCCCACACGACAAGCCCUCCCUCGCCGACUCACAAGCAAUCGGCACCGUUGCGGCUGCCCAGGCCAACUUCAUGCGCGUCAUUGUUCAGGAGGGACAGGAACUUCAAGGACCUUCUGGAACCUCCACAUCAUCGAGAAUCGGAGUUGAGCUGUUGUGCGUGGUUAAGGCUGUGCUCAAAAAGAUAAAGAGGCGGGUGCUGGUUGGGGACAGGGUGUUGGUUAGCUCAAUUGAUUGGGUGGACCGCAGGGGCAUGAUUGAGAAUGUGUUCCAGAGGAGUACAGAGAUCCUCGACCCUCCGGUGGCGAAUGUCGAUCAUUUGCUGGUGCUUUUUUCCAUGGAGCAGCCAAAGUUGGAGCCCUUCGCACUCACAAAGUUCUUGGUCGACGCUGAGUCCACUGGCAUCCCCCUCACACUUGCGUUGAACAAAUCGGAGCUGGUCGAUGAGGAGACCCUUGUUUCAUGGAAGUCUAGGUUGUGUAGUUGGGGCUAUGAACCCCUUUUCUGCAGUGUUGAAACAAAAUAUGGGCUUGAUUCUGUUGCAUUUUAUUUGAGCGAUCAAACCACCUGAUUGUGUCCAAGUGGAGUGGGGAAGUCUAGCUUAAUUAAUGCUUGAGGAUGAGCAUCGCACUCUGGUGCUGCAGAAGAAGAUAACUGGUUUGAACCUAUUUUGGGAAGCAAAUGGUUUGAGGAACAGCGAGUUGGGGAAGUUUCGACGAGGAGUGGGAGAGGGAAGCAUACUACUCGCAAUGUUUGUUUGUUACCAUUAUCUGGAGGGGGUUAUCUUGCUGACACUCCUGGGUUUAACCAGCCUUCUUUGUUGAAAGUGACCAAACAAUCUCUUGCCCGAGCCUUUCCUGAGAUACAGAAAAUGCUCAAAGCCCGUGAGCCUGCCAAAUGUGCAUUCAAUGAUUGCUUGCAUGUUGGUGAACCAGGCUGCAUCGUGAAAGGGGAUUGGGAAAGAUAUCCUUACUAUUUCCAACUUCUGGAUGAGAUCAGAAUCAGAGAGGAGUUUGAGUUGAGAACGUUUGGAACCAAAAAAGAAGGUGAUGUAAGGUACAAAAUGGGAGACAUGGGUGUGCAGCAAGCUGAGCCCAGGCUGGAGCCUAAGAAGCAUAGGAGACAAUCACGCAAGAGGAUCAACCAAUCGAUUCUAGAUGAGUUAGAUGAGCUUGACGACGACGAUGAUUUGGACUUGGAAAAUGAUCCUAUUCUGAGGGCAAUUAGGAAUGAAGACCAGAAAUAGCAACACCAACUUGUGUGAUCGCAUCCAAUGUAAAUAAAAUACACUCUGCUUCUCUCUCUCAUUUUUUUUCUUUUCCGGAAAAUAGAAUCUCUUUUUGCAAUGGUAUAUUUUGAAAAGUUAAAUCGGAUUACAAGAAAUGCAAUUCACAUUUGUUUCAAGUUAGGGUUUGUACAAAUGAAAAGUACUUGUUGUGUUUCAAGUA